UCAUGACGCCACAUCGUACCGCUCCGUCGCGGAAAACGGAAAAGUCGUAACUGGGAAACUGAACACCGGGUUUUCCCUAUACAAAAUCUAAAGACAGCGGGUAGUUGUUGUUGUGAACGAACUGAAAAGAAAGACGCCGGUAAAAACAUUUUUUUUUAGGAAAUUAAAAGUUCGCCGGCAAAACAUAAACUCGAAUGUUACUGUAAACCAAAACACAAAACAUAAGAAAAAAAAACAAGAGCAAGUGUUGUGAUUGAAAACGGUAGCUAAACGUGCAAUUUAAGAAGCAAACAAGCAGGAAAAUAACCAUUACCAUUAACCAUUAAAGGCGAGUACAAGGAAUCGUGAUAACUCAACGGAGAAGCUGGUAAAACGAAGAACCAAGCGGCGGCAUCAAUUUGUUAAUUUUAAACGUCGUGUGUGUUCCUCUUCUUGCAAGAGGAAAAAAAACAUCAACGGAACGCGAUAAUUGCAUUUUAAAAAGUUACUUUAGCUUCGCAUAUAAAUCCAAAAAAACACACUCUAUAUGCAAGGUCGUUUGGGUCAAAGUUUGGCAAGUGCAAGUGACACAAAGAAUUUGGAUAAAUAAAUAGGAAACCAAAGGAGAGACACGGCUCUCGGGCCCUGCUCCUACACCUCUUGUUCGUACUUUUCCAGCAUCGCCGUCGCGUAACCCAACGAUUCCAGAACCAACUCUCAAGUUCAAAAUAAACACAAUACAACUUUUAUUUAUUUGCUUAGAGACUUUGGCACACAGAAGGCAAUGGUGAUAUUCAAUGUAUAGAAGCAAUGCGGAGCAGCGGCGGCGCCACAUCAAAAUGAGGAUGAGGAUAAACCAGAGCGUUGGAGCAGUCUGCGAUUAUGCUAGAAAUGCUCAAAGUGCGAUAUAAAUUUUUAUGAGUGUACGCGUUGAAUUUUUACGACUGUCCGCAGGAGGGAGCAGCAGGGACAGCAGGCGCAACAAAAAUGUAAAGCGAAUCCAACGGAAAGGACGACGAUUUAAAACAAUACUACAGGCUUAAAGUGCCAACGGAAAUUGCAUGCAACGAGGACCUGCUGGAGGAGGCGUGGCACUAGGCGCCCCCCGAGCACGUGACGUAAAACUAAUAGACGCCAUUUUGUAGCGGUAAUUGGCAAGGCACACGUAAGCAGCUUACGCCUUACGUAACACAGGACACCAUCACCCAUCACACCCACAGGACUGUCUCAGUCUCAACCUCAACCUCAUUAUGGCCGUUAGCAACAUUGUCUGCGAAUGGCUGAGAGCCCUGGGCCUGGCCCAGUAUGCGGAAAGCUUUCUGGACAAUGGCUACGAUGAUCUGGAGAUAUGCAAGCAGGUCGGUGAUCCCGAUCUGGACGCCAUCGGCGUCGAGAAUCCUGCCCAUCGACACAAGCUGCUGAAGAGCAUACGAUCGCUGAGGGAGAAGGGAGCUGCCUCUGUUUAUUUCAUGCUCAACGAUCCCAAUUCCCUGUCCGGCAGCAUGGAGAUCCUUUGCGAAACCCCGCCCAGCAACGAACUGGAGCUCGUCCUGCGAGAGCAACUGGAAACGGACGGAGUUCGACUCACGGCGCAUCCAUACUCAACACCGCCCUCGAGUUGUCUGUCCGACAAGGAGGAGGACGAGAUCUACGGCUUCGGCUACGGCGUCUUUGCACCGCGAGUGGCACGCGGCGGAUUGACGCAGCAGCAGCAGCUCCUGCAGCAGCAGACACUGCAGACGCAACAGAGCAUUCAGCAGCAGCAACAGCAGCAGAUGCAGAUGCAGCAGCAACACCAGCAGCAGCAGCAGCAGUUACCAAUUGUGCCAGGACAGCCGCAGCAGAUGGGAGCGCAUCAGCACCAGACCCUGCCUCCGAAUGUCGCCCACAUGAACUUUGUGCAGCAAAACUGCCUGAGUCCACGAUCUGCGUACUUCUAUGAAUUUCCACCGACAGCUGAGGGCCGCGAGACAAAGAAACGCACAACGCUGGCCCGACUGCUGAAAGGCUUGAAGACUGUCAAUCGACGGGAUCGGAACAAUCAACAGAAUGGCGCCCAGGCCAGGGCGGCCAACGAUCGUCUGAGGCACUUUCAAAUGAUAAACGGCGGCGCUGGCGGUCAGCAGCACAGUUUCGAGGAGACAAUCCACAGGUUAAAAGUACAGGAGGCCAUGCGGAAAAAGGAAAAAUUCCAGCGUGAACACGAGGAGAUCCUGCGUGACAUUCGACAGGGACUGUUGCAAAUGAGUCGCGGCGAAGGACGCAUGGACGAUACGUACAUGUACGACGAGGCCCUGAGAACGGGCGUCGGUAUGGGCAUCGCCGGCCUGGGUGCCAUACCCAUGGGAGGAGGCCAAGGCGGCGGCGGCGGUGGAGGAGGAGCAGCUGCCCAUUAUGCGGUGAGUGCGCUGCAUCAUCAAGGUCAUUGGUACGACGAGCCGCCCUAUGAGAGCGAUCCCGAUGACUUUCUCAUGGCCGGACUCAACUGCGGACCAGCAGCCACAAUUCAGGGUGGCCGGGUGCGCUUCUCGAAUAACCGCGAGAGCACGGGCGUAAUUUCAUUAAGAUCCGCCGGAGAUAUUUCAUUGCCGCAACGUGGACCGCCGCGUAGAGGUCUUAUCGUGCCGCAGCAGCCGCCAAAUCCACCGACAAUAAUACCCUUAACGCACGCCAGAUCUCAUGAUCGUGAAAGCGGCGACUAUGCGGGCUCUAUCUCAGAUCUCCAAAGCGUUACCUCCAGGCUCAGUGCGGUGUCGAUCGGCACCAACAAUUGCACGGCCCGCUACCGGACGCUAAGCGGCGGAAUCGGGGAGUCGCCGUCGCUGUCGCCCAGCCCCUCGUCGGAUUACGAGGACAUCGGAGCCACCAGGGGCCACGGAUGCCUCCCGCCCAGCCUGCUGGCUGCCAAAGCCAAAAAGAACGGACUGCCGCAUGGCAAGGCGAACACCAUUUGCCAAAAGGCCACGGUGCAUCAUUCGGGCGAGAUGCGUAGCUCGGCAAAGGAAAUUGGCGCAUUUAAUGAGAAUGGACGAAACUUUGUUGCCACAAAGGAUACGUCUAGGGAUUUCAGCAAUUCCCAAGAUAAUACCGACCGUGGCAGCAUGAGCGAUCAGGCGUUCGCCUGCUCGGCCAGCUCCGUGGAAAGUUUGCCCAGCGCUUCCGGUUCGAGCACCCAGGCCCUGGUGCGUCCUGGCAGUCCGCACAGCUCGAUUUCGGCCGAGGAUCGCACCUCGAUGGUCAGCAGCAUCUGUAAGGCCAAGGCUCUGGUGGAUAGUUUGCCCAAUCCCUACGACAAGGAGGCGCUUAAAUUCAAGAAGGGCGAGCUCAUCGAUGUGCUGUCGAUGAAUGCCUCGGGCAUUUGGAAGGGACGCUGCCACGGUCGCGUGGGCCACUUCAAGUUCAUCAACGUGGAGGUGUUGCCGGAGCAGCGCAUGAAGAACUCGAGCAGCAAGACCCUGGCCCCCGGCUCCCGGCUGGCCAAUAAUCCCGGCAAUGGCAGCAGCAACAACGGCGGAGGACCCUGCUCGGUGGAGGAUCUGCUGAUUCGCAUCGGCCUCAAGGAGUACACCUCCGUGUUCGUGCUCAACGGCUACGAGGACCUGGAGCUGUUCAAGGAGCUGGAGCCCGCCGAUCUCGACUACCUGGGCAUCCUCAAUCAGGAGCAUCGCGCCAAGCUGCUGACGGCUGUGCAGUUGCUGCAUGACAUUGAAUGCUCCGACGUGGACAUAGCAGGAUCCAGCUCGGAGAACGACGAGGCCCGCCUGAACAACAUUAAUAUAAAGCAUGGAGCGUCGCCCUUCGGCCGAAGGCACUUCCGCGACUCCGGCUGCUACGAGGGAUCACCGCUGCCCAGUUCGCAGACACCAACACAGGCGGUCAAUUCGACGGACGAGUCGAACAGUCUGGAUGACGUGGUGACCAAGUGCUCCAGCGAGAUCAUGAAGCGCGUGGAGAGCGCCCGGCGCUGCAAGGACAAUCCCUUUAAGGCCACGCUGCCGGGCGGGGGACGCGUGGGCAAGAAGUCCUUUCUCGGCGGCGGCGGCCUUAUGGCGGACGAUACGCUCACGCGUGGAGGGCUUAGCGAGAAGUCGAGCGACUCGGGGGUCAGCAGCAGUUCGCUAUCAUCGGGUCCGCUAAAGAGCAGCACUUAACAUUUGCCCACCAUACUGGCCCACGAGCUGCUGCUGGGCGUGGGCUCGGGCAUGGGCUUGGGCAUGGGAACCCUUACGCCCCACGGAAUGUCUGCCACCUCGCCCACAGCCCACCCAGCGCCGUUGGGAAACAUAUGCAACACGCUGCCACACGCUCCGAGCUCCUCCUCCUCCUCCUCGGCCGGACUGUCGUCGAUGGCCAGCAAUCUGCCGCUCAACCGGAACCUAGUGAUGCUGCGGAAUCACCUGCGCAAGAACACGACGGGAAGCAGCACCGCCGGGAACUGCGGCGGCGGCGGCGGCGGCGGAGUGGGAAGCGGAAUCGGAGUGCAGCUGCUGCAGGACCAGGACGACAGACAGGAGGAUCAAUAA